AGUGCUACAUUUGAAAGAAAUAACAGAAAAAUACCUAUGAAAUUGGUGUUGAUAACACAUUCAAACUAAAACAAAUGAUGUGAUUAUGGACUGAAAAAAAGAAAACAGUGGAGGAACGGCUUACAAGUUCAAAUACACUAAAUAUGAGUAAGCCCGGAUUAAAAGUAUCUGGCUUUGCCAGUACGACUGCAAUGUUUACUCCUAGAUGGAUAGAAAUUUUAUCAGCAAGUUGGUUGUGCUUUAUUCUUGUUGGAGGAACUUUGCUAAAUGGAGGGACACUAUUCAUAUUUAUGAAGAACAAGCACCUUGUCACAACAAAUAACGUGUACGUUAUUGCAUUAAUAAUCAACAAUUUAUUGAUAUGUAUUCUAGCGACUGGAAUGCCAAUCGUAGCUGAGAUCGGCGGUCACUGGUUACAGCUGAUGAGUAUGAAGUCUUGCAUUUUCGAAGCAUUCAUAGUAUAUUUAUUCGGAUUAGCGUCAAUGUUUGUGUUGGUUGCUAUAGCAGUUUCUCGAUUCAUCGCCAUCACUCGGCCAUUUCUUGCUGCGAGAAUAAGCAAAAUACAAGCUGUUUUUGCAGUGUGCAUUUGUGAAUUGUUUGCGCUUUGUUUCGCCGUGGCACCGCUGUUAGGUUGGGGAUCAUACGGACUCGAGGCACAUGGCACAUCAUGUGGCUUGGACUGGAGGGACCGAAGUGACGGGUUCUUAUCAUAUUUGAUCGUCAUUACGGCAGUCUGCUUUAUCAUUCCCAUGGCGACAAUGAUGUUUAGCUACAUCGUGAUUUACAAAACUGUCAAACAAGCUGGCGAAAAUUCCUUUAUGAUGCACAGACACUCCAUACAAACACGCAAAGAGAUGCUUCUACUUAAACUCAGCAUUGCUUUUGUUUCGGCAUUCUUAAUUUCAUGGACACCCUACACUAUCGUUUCAUUUUACAUAGCUUAUGCUAGACCAGAUCAUCUUGACCCUUUGCUCUCGAGAAGCGCCGCUCUCGUCGCUAAAUCCCAGGUUUUGUGGAAUCCAGUUCUAUACAUAAUCAUUGUUGACGGUUUUAGGAGAAAGAUCUUUGACAUGCUUCCCUGCAAAAAAAGAAACGAACCCACAACUCUAGCAACAAUUGCUCUUAACAAUCUGGUUGAAUAUACGGAUAGAAAUGAACAGACAUCGGCAUUAAGACAGAAAAAUCAUAAGAUAAACCAAAAUAAACAUAUAAAUACCACAGAAAAGGUAAAAGAAAACAUCAGCAUGGCAGAAGGGCAAGUAAAGAACCCGCGUAUUCAGGAAAUGGCUACGAGCAAGACAGAAAACAUACAAAAUGUUGCCACUGAGGCAUCUUGUAUACCAUAUGAAGAAGGAUUGUCAAAUAUACCUAAAACUGCGAGAGAUAAGACGGUACCACUAGAUUCUGUAGAAGGAAAAUCAAAGACGUUCGAAAGUUUGAAAGGGACAUCAAAUGAACAUAUGCCUUAUAACGCGGAAGGCAUCUCGCCAUAUGCAUUGAAAGGGACAUCAAAUAUAACUUUCGUAAAAAGCACAUCCAUGAAGAAUGUACGAGAGAAAAAGAAUAAUAUUUGCUGCAAUCCAGAUCAACUUAUUACAAAAGAAAUCAGAAUUGACCAUAAAACUACCGUUGGUAGUUCGUCACCAUUGCAUUCACCUGUCAAUCGUACAGCCAUCGUUAACUUGAUAUCUGAGGACACGGACCUCAUACCCAUUGACAGUCUGUGA